AGUCAAUCAAAAUCUUGUAGACAUGGCGUUUCUUUUGCUCUUGUCCAUCGUCUCCAUUUUCCUCCGCUCCAAAUCCUCAGCCGAGCUAAUAACAUCUCUCCCGGGACAACCCGAGAUUAAUGUAGGCUUUAAGCAGUAUUCCGGUUACAUUAUAACAAACGCCGAGCAUGGCCGAGCUCUUUUCUACUACUUUGUCGAGGCCCAGUCGCCCGACCCAUCCUCGCGGCCCUUGACCUUGUGGCUGAAUGGAGGACCGGGUUGUUCCUCGGUUGGUUUCGGGGCUUUCAUGGAGCACGGGCCAUUUAAACCCGGACAAAAUGGAUCGCUUAUCAAGAAUGAUUAUUCGUGGAACUUGGAAUCAAACAUGUUGUACGUGGAGUCUCCGAUCGGGGUAGGAUUCUCAUACUCAAACACAAGGUCAGACUAUGAAAACUGGAACGAUACACAAACCGCUCAAGAGAACUUGCAGUUCCUCCUAAAUUGGUAUGAAGAAUUCCCACAACACAGGAAUUCGGACUUGUUCCUGACUGGUGAAAGCUACGCAGGUCAUUAUAUUCCGCAGCUUGCGGCCUUAUUACUUGACUACAACGAUAGGCCCGAUACCAAACAAAUAAUCAAUCUCAAAGCUAUUGCUCUUGGAAAUCCUCUUUUAGACCUUGACAUCAGCGUACGGUCCGAGGAUUUCCUGUGGGCACACGGCGUGAUAACGGACAGAACCCGCCAGUUACUGAAGAAGGAGUGCAACGCGUCGCGAUCCGUACGAGAAGCCAUCUACAAUCAUCAGACUGAUCAGUGCAUAUACGUCGAAGGCAAAUCCUCCAGCGAAAUGGGAGAUGAUACCCAGACCGAUGAUCUCCUCCUGCCGAUAUGUGUGUCCAAGACCUCGGUCAAUCAACUCGAUAUUCAGGGCAUUAGGGGAAGGACAAGGUCGAAAGUGGGGGAUCCAUGCCUCAACGACAGGAUAUUUACAUACCUGAAUAGGCCUGAAGUCCAAAGGGCCCUCUAUGCCAACACCACUAACGUCCCUUCCCGUUGGAAAUUCUGCGGAGGGCCUCUUCAGUAUCAAUAUGAAAAUGUAGACACUAACCUCAUCCCCCUAAUCGAAGAUCUCAUCAUGGCAGACAUCCCCAUCUGGUUUUACAGUGGGGACCAAGAUACAAAAAUCCCACUCACUCAGACAAGAAUCAUAGCCAAUAAAGUGGCAAGCCAUUUGGGGCUGCUUCCAUUCACUGAUUAUGGUCCCUGGUACAACAAGAAGCAGAUCGGAGGUUGGUCACAAUCCUUCGGGUCAUUUCUAGGGCAAAAGAAGACACUUCUGACAUUUGCAACGGUAAGGGGUGGGGCCCACGAAGUCCCCUUCACAUCUCCAUCUCAGGCCCUCACAUUGUUCCGAUCCUUCCUCAACGGAUCCCCACUUCGUCAACGCGAGUGAUAUACAUGCUGCAUUUCUCCCCCAUUUAAUCUUCAGUAAUCUUAUUGUCAACAUUAUAAAUUUGAUCUUUUCACGCGAGGUACGAUGUAUUGUAUAAUAUGAGAGAUGAAUAUGGUGGAUUCAAACUUGAAUAAUUUAUCAUACAUUAUAGAGACAACUGCACCAACUGCAGAGGAUUCCAUCCAGUAAUAAGAUCUUAGACACAUUUGAAUUGCUUCA